AAUCGCCUCGCCGCUCACCUCCUCCCUUCAACUCUCCCGCCAGACGCCCAGUACUGCCGCAACGAUCCCGACACCGCCCACGCCUCCCUCCACAUCCGCCCCGGCCACCAUUCCUCCCCGGUGGAUUUCAUACUUGGGAGUUGGCUUCACUGCAAGCUACCCACAGGCACGGGAUCGCUGAACAUAACGAGCCUCUCAGCC